CAUGGCAGGCAGCUCACCGAAGGUUAGUGAGAUCCGGUGUGCGCAGCGUGCGGAAGGCUCCGCGGCAAUGCUGGCUAUCGGAACAGCAAAUCCGGCGAACAAGGUGUCCCAAGAAGAGUACCCUGACUAUUAUUUCCGCGUUACCAAGAGCGAGCACCUUACUGACCAUAAAGACACAUUCAAGAUAAUAUGUGGUCUAACGGGCACGGAGAAUCGUUUCUUCUACCACACGGAUGAACUGCUCAACUCCCACCCUGUCUUGCUGGACAACACGUCACCGUCCCGUGAGGCUCGGCAUGAUAUCGUGGCCAAGGCUGCUCCAGAGCUUGCGGCAGCAGCAGCAAAGAAGGCCAUCGCAAAGUGGGGCCGUCCGGCCAGUGACAUCACCCACCUUAUCGUCAGCACCAACUCUGACGCUGGCGCCCCAAGCGCUGACGUACGCUUGGUUUCACUCCUUGGCCUUCGCGCCGAUGUCUGUCGUACCAUGCUCCAUCUUAACGGCUGCUUCGCCGGCUGCUCCGCCUUGCGCCUAGCCAAGGACCUUGCUGAGAAUAACUGUGGGGCACGCGUCCUCGUAGCUUGCGUGGAGCUCGCCAUUUCUGGCUUCUGCAGCCCCGGCGAAGGGGACUGCUUAGACACCCUCAUCACUCAUGCAUUGUUUGGUGAUGGGGCAGGCGCGGUAAUCGUCGGCGCCGACCCCAUGCACCCCAUCGAGAAUCCUCUGUUUGAGAUGGUGUCCGUCUCUCAGACCCUCGUGCCGAGCACUGAGAAUGUGCUCACCCUGAACUUGGGGAGCAAUGGCACUCAUGGGAAAGUUUACACCAAACUGCCCACACUGGUAGCAGACACCAUGGAACCUUGUCUUCUGGAAGCGUUUGGUCCACUUGAGAUGGACUUCCAAUGGAAUGACCUCUUCUGGGCAGUGCACCCUGGCAGCCGUGGGAUCUUGGACCAACUUGACAAGACACUCCAGUUGGAGCCCACGAAGCUAGCGGCGAGCAGAACUGUCGUACAGAAGUUUGGGAACAUGUUUAGCGCCACCGUGAUCUUCGUGCUUGAUGAGCUACAGCGUCGAAUGGAGGAGGAAGGAGAGCAAGCUGAGUGGGGGGCCAUGGUGGGAUUUGGACCAGGCUUCACUAUCGAGACCAUGGUGCUCCAUGCAACCGGCGCUCUCAAGAAAAAAUAG